CCCAACUGGCUCCCGUGUCCUCCUGUCUCCGCAGCUCACCACCACAGCGAGCCAGCAGGCGCGCCGCCAUGGAUGCUUACCACCUCGUCCGCCUUUAUCUCCCACCACCACUCCAGAUUCCACCCACCCUGCCUCUCACGCGAGGCCGCCAUGACCGUCGCCUCGCUGGCGCUGGCGCCGGCGCCGUCGCCUGCCGCGCCACCGCCGACCCCGUCGACCACCAGGAGCGGCCGUGGGAGUCCUACGACCGCGGCAUCCAGUCCCACGCAAGCUCCGACCUCGCUUUAUCACUGUCUAUGCUCGCCGACAUGCAGGCGGCCGGGUUGCGCCCUAGCGGCGCGGCCCACGCGCGCCUCAUCCGGGCGCUUGCCCGCACCGGCCGCACGCUCGAGGCCGAGGCGCUCCUCCUCGAGAUGCGCUGCCUCGGGCUCCGCCCGGACGCCGCGCACUACAACGCCCUCCUCGAGGGACUCCUCUCCAGGGCGCACCUCCGCCUCGCCGAUCGCCUCCUCCUCCAGAUGGCCGACGACGGCGUCGCGCGGAACCGGCGCACGUACAUGCUGCUGCUGAAUGCGUACGCCCGGGCUGGCCGCCUCGAGGACUCGUGGUGGGUUCUCGGCGAGAUGAAGCGACGGGGUAUUCGGCUCGACACCGCCGGGUACAGCACGCUCGUGCGGCUCUACAGGGACAAUGGCAUGUGGAAGAAGGCCACCGACCUCAUCAUGGAGAUGCAAGACCACGGAGUUGAGCUCGAUGUCAAGAUCUACAACGGCUUGAUCGAUACGUUCGGCAAGUAUGGGCAGUUAGCAGAUGCACGCAGGGUGUUCGACAAAAUGUGCGCAGAAGGGGUCAAGCCCGAUAUUACGACUUGGAACUCUUUGAUUCGAUGGCAUUGUCGUAUUGGGAAUAUGAAACGUGCUCUGCGAUUCUUCGCUGCAAUGCAGGAGGAUGGGAUGUAUCCAGACCCAAAAAUCUUUGCUACAAUCAUCAGCAGGUUGGGGGAGCAGGGGAAGUGGGAUGAGAUCAAGAAGCUGUUUCAUGGCAUGAGGAAUCGAGGGCUCAAGGAGAGUGGUGCAAUAUAUGCAGUUUUGGUUGACAUUUAUGGACAAUACGGCCAUUUUCGUGAUGCCCAUGACUGUGUAGCUGCUCUCAAAGCUGAAAAUCUGCAGCUUUCACCUAGUAUCUUUUGUGUCUUAGCCAAUGCAUAUGCUCAACAGGGUUUGUGUGAACAAACCGUGAAUGUUCUUCAAUUGAUGGAGGCGGAAGGAAUUGAGCCAAAUCUUGUUAUGCUGAACUUGCUAAUCAAUGCGUUUGGUACUGCUGGAAGGCAUUUGGAGGCACUUGCUGUACUCCAGCAUAUCAAAGACAGUGGAAUGAGUCCAGAUGUUGUGACUUACACAACACUUAUGAAAGCUUUCAUGAGAGCAAAGAAAUUUGAAAAGGUGUCAGACAUAUAUAAGGAAAUGGAGCGUGCUGGUUGUACCCCUGAUAGAAAAGCUAGAGAAAUGCUGAAUGACGCCUCUGCUAUACUGGAGCAAAGGGGAUGUUAUUGAAAUUGGAAUACCUACAAUUCUGAAGCGGCUCAAGCUUCAAUUCCUAUAACUUGAAGAAUCCCAUCUCCGUCUUUUUGCUUCAAAUGCUGAAUGUAUGAAACAGAUAUGAUUUGAAGCAAAUGCAGCCAGUGCUUUUGCACUCUUUUAAGGAGGCAGAAUAUCAAACUACAUUCGGAGUGCACAAAUGAAUCCAUAUGGUGUAGUUUGAGGCACAUUACAUGGGAAAUUCAACGAAUCCAAAGAGGCACUCUUGUGGUAUUUUGACAUUGGGUUCUCACCUGCUGUUGAAAAAUGUUUGGGUCUGCAAUUGAAGCACGCAAGACUGAAACAGUGACAACAAUUCUCUUGAAGUGUUAAGCUUUGGAAAUUUGAGGUUGGAUAGAAUAUUGAAAUGGCCAUUAUCUUUUGAUGCUUCCAGAAGUCUGGUUCUUCAAUGCAGAUGAAAAAUUAUAUUCAGAGAUGGUGAGAUAUACGAAACAUCUGGAAUUUCCUCACGUUGCUUUCUUGCUGAAUCAUAUAUGAGUAGCUUUGCACGAUAAAGUCAUAAAGAGAUGUUGAUAGUAUCAGAUGGCCUGAUAUUGACUUGUGUGCCACAAGAUUGAGUGAAGUAUGAAAUAACCUGUGUAAUCCAUCAUCCUGUGAUAAGGCAGUUCUUUUAUAAUAAAAUGCUUGUUUUCUUUGCUUCGCCCCUUAUCUUUUGGUUUACAUUCCAUUUAUCUACCGAUAGACCAUAACUCAAAAUUGAAUAGGAUAAACCAAUUAGACCUAAACGUGCAUGUUUCUGUAGUUAUUCAUAUAUUGUAAAUUAGUACUCCCCGAGAAAUUGUCAAAGUGCUCUCCGAGAAAAAUGCCAAAAUACUGUUAUUGAAUUCAUAACGGCAUGAUCAGUGGCUUGUAAAACACUAGAGAAAAUUGCCAAUUACUGCUAUUGAAUUCGUAAC